CAGGAUUGGCCACAUGUUGCAUCAUCAACAAUAACCCAUCUUCAUUUACAUUUGGCGCGUGGCACGUGUCAGUGGUGUGUUGAUGAAAAAGCGCCAAGUGUACACAUAAAAAAAAAAGAUGACGAUAUUACGCUUGGUUCUUGGUGCCCGUAAGAAUGCUACCCUUUAUUCCUUCAAUCUCGUGAACCAGUACCAUCAGUCCUCCGUGUUGUGUAGCCGACCCUCAUGGGCCGAACAGCCUCGCAAAGCAGACCUUGUUCUUCAAGAUGGAUCCCGUUUCCAAGGUUACUCAUUUGGAAGCGAGAAUUCGAAAUCGGGAGAAGUAGUUUUUAACACUGGUCUUGUUGGAUAUCCAGAAGCCCUCACUGACCCGAGUUACAGAGGUCAGAUUCUGACCCUGACAUAUCCCAUCAUCGGGAACUACGGUGUUCCCGACACAAACGCUCUCGAUGAGUAUGGACUAAGGAAAUACGUAGAAUCUGACCGGAUACAUGUAACAGGUCUGAUUGUACAGGACUACACUCACAACUACAGUCACUGGAAGGCUGUGAAGUCGCUGUCCGAGUGGUUGAAAGAAGAAGGAAUUCCCGCUCUUUACGGCAUUGACACUCGCCUCAUUACAAAGAGAGUCAGAGAUCAGGGCACUAUUUUGGGGAAAAUUGAAUUUGAGAAUGACGCUGUCGAAUUUGAUGAUCCAAAUCUGCGGAACCUAAUGGCUGAAAUAUCCACCAAGGAAGUAAAGAUGUUUGGAGAGGGUAACCCGAUGAAGGUCGUUGCCGUGGACUGUGGGAUCAAACACAACAUGUUGAGGAACUUGUGUAAGAGAGGGUUUGAGGUAAAACUUGUUCCCUGGAACUACGACUUCACGUCAGACAAGUACGACGGAUUGUUCAUAUCAAACGGACCUGGAGACCCAGCCCUAGCACACGAGACGAUUAAUCACAUAAAACAUGCGAUAGAGAACCGGUCAGAACCGAUAUUUGGGAUCUGCAUGGGCAAUCAGCUGACUGCCCUGGCCGCUGGAGCAAAGUCGUACAAACUUGCUCUCGGAAACCGGGGCCACAACCAGCCGGUGAUCAACGUGCAUAACGACCGCGCGUUCAUCACGUCGCAAAACCACGGCUUCGCCAUUGACAGCACCUCGCUCCCCAAAGACUGGGAGGUCCUCUUCGUCAACGCCAACGACAAAACUAACGAGGGCAUUAUGCACACCAGUAAGCCUAUCUUCACGGCACAGUUCCACCCGGAAGCGUUUGGUGGACCCACAGAUACUGAGUUCCUGUUUGACUAUUUUGUCGACCUCAUCAAAACGAAGAAGCCCUCUGUGAAACAUGUGAUGCCAAAGCUUCCUGAAGUUCCACGGAAACUGGAGAUAGCAAAGGUUUUGGUGUUGGGAAGCGGUGGUCUGUCGAUUGGACAGGCGGGUGAAUUCGACUACAGUGGAUCUCAGGCCAUCAAGGCUUUGAAGGAGGAGAACAUACAGACGGUGUUGAUGAACCCGAACAUCGCCUCGGUUCAGACGAACGCCGAGGGCGAGAAACAGGCAGACAGUGUCUACUUCCUGCCCAUCACCGUUGACUUCGUCACCGAGGUCAUCAAGAGAGAGCGGCCUGAUGGGAUACUGCUGUCCAUGGGAGGGCAGACGGCUCUCAACUGUGGACUUGAGCUCUACAAACAAGGCAUUCUCAAAAAGUACAACGUGCGCGUCCUCGGAACGCAGAUUGAGAGCAUCGAGGCGACAGAAGACCGACAGAUCUUUGCCGACAGGCUGAAGGAGAUUAACGAGAAGCUGGCACCGAGUCUGGCCGUGGAGAGCGUGGCCGCCGCCAUCGACGCGGCUGAGACCAUCGGCUACCCUGUCAUGCUGCGGUCGGCCUUCGCGCUCGGCGGGUUUGGAUCCGGCAUCGCGCGCGAUAGAGCUGCUUUGGUGAAGAUUGCUACACAGGCGUUAGCAACAACCAAUCAGAUUCUUGUGGAGCAGUCUCUGCUUGGCUGGAAGGAAGUGGAGUAUGAGGUGGUGCGUGACGCAGCUGAUAACUGUGUGACCGUCUGUAACAUGGAGAAUCUUGACCCACUCGGAGUUCACACAGGUGACUCUAUUGUUGUUGCUCCCAGCCAGACCUUGUCAAAUGAAGAGUAUCACAUGCUUCGAGAGACUGCUUUAAAGGUUGUGCGACAUUUUGGUAUUGUGGGCGAGUGUAACAUUCAGUAUGCGUUACACACGACCUCUCUGGAGUACUGCAUCAUUGAGAUCAAUGCUCGACUGUCGCGGAGUUCGGCACUCGCAUCCAAGGCUACUGGGUAUCCACUGGCUUUCAUUGCGGCCAAGCUAGCGCUGGGAAUCCACCUACCAAGCCUGGUGAACCAGACGACGAAGAUGACGACGGCGUGUUUUGAGCCGAGUCUCGACUACAUCGUCACCAAGAUCCCGCGCUGGGACAUGGACCGCUUCCAACACAUGUCCAAGGACAUCGGCAGUGCCAUGAAGAGUGUCGGAGAGGUGAUGGCCAUAGGGCGGACGUUUGAAGAAAGUUUCCAGAAAGCUCUUCGCAUGACCCACCCCUCUGUGGAUGGUUUCUCACAGGUCCUCCCUGCCGGCAAAGAGUACCCCAGCAACUUCAGUAUUGACGACAACCUGCGAAUGCCGAACAACACCAGAAUACACACACUGGCCAAGGCACUGCACAGCGGUUACACUGUGGACCAGAUUCACGAUCUGACGGACAUCGACAAGUGGUUUCUGUACAAGCUGAGAAACAUCGUCAACCUGGAGGACAAGAUCAAGAAAUACGCAGACUACUCGAAGAACGGGAUCGACCUGACACGGGAGGAUGAACGAGAGUUGUUGUUACACGCCAAACAGGCUGGCUUCUCCGACAGUCAGCUCGGGCGUCUUCUCGGCAUGAGCGAGUCGGAAUUCAGGAAAAUGAGAAUAGACAAGUCCAUCAAACCAUGGAUAAAACAGAUUGACACGAUGGCAGCAGAAUACCCAGCCACGACCAACUACUUGUAUUGCUCCUAUAACGGAAUGGAGCAUGACUUGGACUUCAAUGACAACGGCAUCAUGGUGAUGGGGUGUGGCCCGUACCACAUCGGCAGUAGUGUGGAGUUUGACUGGUGUGCAGUCUCAUGUAUCAGAACACUACGAGAACUUGGUCAGAAAACAGUUGUAGUGAAUCACAACCCGGAGACUGUGAGCACGGAUUUCGACGAGUGCGACCGACUCUACUUCGAGGAGCUGUCUCUAGAACGAGUCCUCGACAUAUUUCAACAGGAGCAAUGUAAAGGCGCCAUCGUGUCUGUGGGCGGACAGAUCCCCAACAACCUGGCCCUACCUCUCUACAACUACGGCGUCAACAUCCUCGGAACCAACCCACAACAGAUCGACAACGCCGAGAACCGGUCGGUCUUCUCGAACAUCUGCGAUGAGCUCAACAUCGGACAGCCGGAAUGGCGGUCACUCACUACUCUGGAUGAAGCGUUGGAUUUCGCUGCCACGGUGGGCUACCCGUGUCUGCUCCGACCGUCGUACAUCCUCAGUGGGUCGGCCAUGAACGUGGCCUACAACCCCGAACAGCUGAAGGGCUACCUCAAGCAAGCCACGCAGAUCUCUAACGACUUUCCCGUCGUCAUCACCAAGUUCUAUGUCGGAGCCCGCGAGGUCGAGAUGGACGCGGUCGCCUCGGAUGGCAUGGUUGUGACACAUGCUAUUUGUGAACAUGUGGAGAAUGCCGGGGUCCACAGUGGAGACGCGACCCUGAUCCUACCUACACAGACGAUUGGAGAGGAGGCUCUCGAAAUAAUCAGAGGAGCUACAAGCAAGAUUGCGAAGAAGUUUGAGAUUUCUGGUCCCUUCAACAUCCAGUUUCUAGUCAAAGAUAACGAUGUCAAGGUGAUUGAGCUGAAUCUGAGGGCAUCGCGAUCCUGCCCGUUUGUGUCCAAGACGAUAGGAACGGAUUUCAUUGCCACGGCAACCAAAGUCAUGCUUGGCGUAGAACUCAACUUGGCGGAGUUACCCACUCUUGAUAAUCCACACAAUCCAUCAACGUAUGUUGGAAUCAAGGCUCCAAUGUUUUCCUGGCCCCGUCUCCGAGAUGCCGACCCACUUCUCAAGUGUGAAAUGGCUUCAACAGGGGAGGUUGCUUGUUUUGGUCGCACGAAGUACACAGCCUUUCUGAAGGCUCUUAUGUCUGCAGGAUUCAAGAUGCCGAAAGACGGUGGCAGCGUGUUGGUUGGAGUACAGAAAUCUUUUCUGCCGCAUUUCCUUCCGAUCGCCAAGCGGCUGUCGACACUCGGCUACCAGAUCUAUGCGACGGACAAGACUGCGGAAUACCUGAACAUUCACUACAUCCCAGCACAGACGGUGAGCUGGCCAGUGUCCGAGGAUCACUGCGGAUUCCCAGUCGCCACAAAGCUAAUAGAGGAUAAGAUGAUAGAUCUGGUGGUGAAUCUGCCGAAUCAUCAGACCAAGUACAUCACGGAUAACUACGUCAUACGUCGGGCAGCGAUAGACUGUGCUGUGCCACUCAUCACAAACUUUGAGGUUACUAAACUGUUGGUAGAAUCUCUUGACUACGUUGGUCAUGUGAAGGCAACCAGUCUGUUCGACUACUUGAAACCAAAGUCUAAACGGCAUGCUUCGAACUAGAACAGAGUGAAAGUGUUCUCAGUAUUUUCUGUUUACUUACAUUCGGAAAGCUGACUGCUCAAGAGUUUUAUUUUUAUUCUUACAUUUUCUAAUCAUUGCUAAAAAAAAGAAAGAAAAAGAAAAAAGAAAAAACAUUACCAAAGAAGGAAUUAAAAAUUCUUUCCAGAAAUGUACAUAUCAAUUUAGCAGUUGCUGAGUGCUGUAAUCUUGUCUUAGUGUUUAUAAAGUAUUUUUAAGCCCAGAUUCAAGACUAAUUAAUAGAGUCUGAGACUUUAAUGCCAUGACAAUGACAUACAAAUUGUAUGUGUGUGAUGUCAUUAGAGAUUGAGUCUGGACUCUAAACAUUUUAUAAGAAUGGGCCCUGGUCUGGUUUGCAGAAUUUUGUAUGGAAUUAGGAGUUUAUUGUCCCAGAAAAAGAUAAAAACCCAGGUCCUGUGUUAAUGAUGACCCACUUUUUUUCAUAAUUAGUGCUCUAAAUUAGUAUUCUAUGACAUUCAUGGUCAUAUGUAUUUGAAUGUUUCCAAGAAUGCAUUUAUUUUAGGAGUUUAGCACUGUGGGUAGGUGGGAGAUGGAUGAUUAUUUGUGAAAAAUAUGUUUUUGUUAGUGACAACCCUUUUAAUGCACUUUGUAUUUCUACACGCCCACCCUAUUCUGGUAAGGGUGUGAAUAUAUAUAUUAUUUUUUAUUCAAAGCUUUACAUUGAUCAUUGUCAUAAUUUGAAGGAGAGCAGGAAUGGCAGUUGUCUCCCCAUAACCUGCUGAAUAAAAUAUGAAAAGAUUAUCUUUUUGUCAGUAGAUGGCACAAAAAGGGGGAACAUGGUUUUAAAAAACGUAUGAAGGAAAAUGGGCCUGUAGAAACAAUAUCUGGAUAGCUGGUGAGGGGAGGGUACAACGUUUCAUUGGGGUAGGGGGAGUAACAGCCUCCAUAGUGGGGAUGGAAUGGGACAUAAACCAUAUUUUUACCUUUAAUGAUAUUGAGUAGGACAGUUGUAUUGGGGGUGGUGGUGGCAUGGGCAGGGCACACCAAAAACCUCCCCACUCCACCCCUGGUUUUCCUACAGGCCUGGAAGAUUUUAUGUGUCAAAUGUUCAGUUUUGUUUGAUACAAAUUGUUGAUCUGAUACUUGGUAUUAUAUUAAAAGGGUACAUUUCUUUUUGAUGUGCAGGUGCUUUGAUGAUUGACAUAGAUAUAUAUAUAUAUAUAUAUAUAUCUAUAUCUAUCUAUGUUCUUAUACAGCCAUAAUAAAAUAAAUUGUAGAUAUUUAUCCCUAUCCGUGACGAGAAUGAAGGCUAGUUUCUUUUUUCAAUGGUCAUCCAAAAUUCAAUGGAGCCCCAAACAUUUGUCCUUAAACAAUUAUGAUAUAUCCUGAAAAUCUAAAAUCUAAAAUACAAUUUCUCCUCACAUCUCCAUCGUGAAAAAAGAUUUUGGAUGAAAAUCUAAUGUUUGUCUUGUUAUGACCUGACAAUUUUAUUGCUAUGCAUUUAUAAAGUUGAUAAUGUAUUUUGGAGAAUGGUGUGUGUGUGUGUGUGUAUGUCACUGCCACUUUGGAGAUGAUAUCUCAUUAAGAAGAAUAGAAAUCUCGCUAUUUGAGUCCCUCAAACAAUGAUUUAUAGGUUUUCUGAUAAAACUCGAUUUCUUGGGUAAAAUGUUUAUAUCGUCACAUCUGAUCAUGUGAAUUAAUUUCUGACUUCAUAAUAAUGACAUCCAGCCAGUGCUCCACAACUGGUGUAACAAAGGCCGUGGUAUGUACUAUCCUGUCUGUGGGAUGGUGCAUAUAAAAGAUCCUUUGCUGCUAAUCAAAAAGAGUGGUGACAGCGGGUUUCCUCU